CUUCCGGAGAUUGCCGAGCGCGUCGAGGCUGGGCCGGCGCUGGCUGCGUGCGGGGAGACGGCGGCGGCGGCGGGAGGCGAUGGAGGGCGGCUGCUGCUGCGGCUGCUGGGCCCGGAGUUGCUGAGGGGGCCGGGCCGGGAGGAGCAGGGCGCCAGGCAGCCCCCCACCCCGCGGCGGCGGCAUGGCGGCCAACAUGUACCGGGUGGGCGAUUACGUCUACUUCGAGAAUUCCUCCAGUAACCCCUACCUCGUCCGCCGUAUCGAGGAGCUCAACAAGACAGCCAAUGGCAACGUGGAGGCCAAGGUGGUGUGUCUCUUCCGGCGGCGGGAUAUCUCCAGCAGCCUCAACAGCCUGGCAGACAGCAAUGCCCGAGAAUUUGAAGAGGAGUCCAAGCAGCCUUCGGUGUCAGAGCAGCAGCGGCACCAGCUGAAGCACCGGGAGCUUUUCCUCUCACGGCAGUUUGAGUCUCUGCCCGCUACCCACAUACGGGGGAAAUGCAGCGUCACCCUGCUGAACGAGACCGACAUCCUCAGCCAGUACCUGGAUAAAGAGGACUGCUUUUUCUACUCGCUGGUCUUCGACCCUGUUCAGAAGACCCUCCUGGCCGACCAGGGUGAGAUCCGGGUGGGCUGCAAGUACCAGGCGGAGAUCCCGGAGCGGCUGGCAGAAGGCGAGUCGGACAACCGGAACCAGCAGAAGAUGGAGAUGAAGGUGUGGGACCCCGACAACCCCCUCACCGACCGGCAGAUCGACCAGUUCCUCGUGGUGGCUCGGGCCGUUGGGACCUUCGCCCGGGCCCUUGACUGCAGCAGCUCCAUCCGGCAGCCCAGCCUGCACAUGAGCGCCGCUGCUGCCUCCCGGGACAUCACGCUGUUCCACGCCAUGGACACGCUCCAGCGGAACGGCUACGACCUGGCCAAGGCCAUGUCGACGCUGGUGCCCCAGGGGGGGCCUGUGCUGUGCCGGGACGAGAUGGAGGAGUGGUCGGCUUCAGAAGCCAUGCUCUUCGAGGAGGCCCUGGAGAAGUACGGCAAGGACUUCAACGACAUCCGGCAGGACUUUCUCCCCUGGAAGUCCCUGGCCAGCAUUGUGCAGUUCUACUACAUGUGGAAGACGACAGACCGCUACAUCCAGCAGAAAAGGUUGAAAGCAGCAGAGGCCGACAGCAAGCUGAAGCAAGUGUACAUCCCCACCUACACGAAGCCCAACCCGAACCAGAUCAUCUCUGUGGGCUCCAAGCCCGGCAUGAACGGAGCGGGCUUCCAGAAGGGGCUGACCUGCGAGAGCUGCCACACCACCCAGUCGGCCCAGUGGUAUGCCUGGGGCCCCCCCAACAUGCAGUGCCGCCUCUGCGCCUCCUGCUGGAUCUACUGGAAGAAGUAUGGCGGCCUGAAGACCCCCACCCAGCUGGAGGGAGCGGCUCGCAGCGUCACGGAGCCGCACUCUCGGGGCCACCUCUCCCGCCCGGAAGCCCAGAGCCUCUCGCCCUACACGACCAGCGCCAACCGGGCCAAGCUGCUGGCCAAGAACCGGCAGACCUUCCUGCUGCAGACCACCAAGCUGACCCGCAUCGCCCGCCGCAUGUGCCGGGACAUCCUCCAGCCCCGCCGGGCCGCCCGGCGCCCCUACGCGCCCAUCAACGCCAACGCCAUCAAGGCCGAGUGUUCCAUCCGGCUUCCCAAGGCCGCCAAGACGCCCCUCAAGAUCCACCCUCUGGUGCGGCUGCCUCUGGCCACCAUCGUCAAGGAGCUGGCUGCCCAGGCCCCCCUGAAACCAAAAACUCCCCGGGGCACCAAGACGCCCAUCAACAGGAACCAGCUGACCCAGAACCGGGGCCUGGCUGGCAUCGUGGGCAAGCGGGCGUACGAGAGUGUGGCAGUGGGCGGCCCCUUCUCGGCCAACGGGCGGCCCCUGGCUUCCGGGAUGCGGUCGAGCACUCAGCCCACCAUCAAGCGUCAGAAGCUGAACCCGGCAGACGCCCCCAACCCUGUCGUGUUUGUGGCCACCAAGGACACCAGGGCGCUGCGCAAGGCCCUGAGCCACCUGGAGAUGCGCCGUGCCGCCCGCCGGCCCAACCUGCCGCUCAAGGUGAAGUCGAUGCUGCCCCUCCGGCCUGUGGUGGCCCCCCUGGUGCCUGUGCCCCCAGCCCACCCGGCCAGCACCAGCGAGCCCAUCAUCCUGGAAGACUGAGUGCUUUGGCCUCUCCGGCAGCCCCCCUCGGAUCCUCGUAGCCCCCUCGCCUGGCCACCUGCCUACCCUUCUCCUGUGUCUGAGAGCCGUCUGGCGGUGGGGGGCUGGGGCGGGGCGGCCGCGGGCCGAGCAUUGGUGGCCGUGGCCAGGCAGGAGGGGGCGUCUCUCCCCACCAUGGUGGAUCCUGGACAACCUUCGUUCUCCUUUUUAUAUAUAUAUAUUUUUUAAUUUCCACAUUUUACAUUUUUUACCCCUUCCUCCCUGCUGACAAUUCAGACUUGCGCACAAAGUUGGCCUCCUCCCCUCCCCAGGGCUGCGUGGGGUGAGGGGGGCGGGCAGAGCCUGUAGGCGGUGGCGUGGGGCUGGGGGAACACAGAGACUGACCCCCCACCCCAGCUCGGCCGCGCUUUCCUUUUGUCUGUGUCUUUUUUGGUGUGUGCGCAUCUUCCUUCCUUCCUUCCUUCCUUUCUUUUUAGAGACGCCCUCUGGUUCCGCAUACUCUGUAUUUGGGGGAGUGGGGGGGGGGAAUCCUGUGGGGGCCCCAGUUCCUUGUCAACAGGGCUAUGCCCUUUCUCCCCUCACCGCAACCCUUUGACGAGCCCAUUUUUUGUACAUGGUUUGAAGAGAAAAAGUCAGGUUUUUUAAAGUUGACCUGUAACUGGUUCUUAUAGCAACAAUAAAUAAAUAAAUGCUGUUUUCUUCA